CUAAUUCACUACCCUUUUCCCAAUUAAUUACUAAUAAAUUUUCUCUCUCACAAUCCCCUCGAAUUUCGAGACCUACAAAUCAUUUUUCAGUAUAAAUAAACUUCUGACUCUUCGUAUCUUUGUCUCCGUAGACCAGGUGAAAAUAUCUUACCACCGUCAGAACGCCGGCGGCCGGAGCAAAAAAAAUGGAAGGAGUUAAUGAGAUAGGAAAUCCGCCACCGCCGUUUCUGAGCAAAACGUAUGACAUGGUGGAUGAUCUGUCGACGGACUCCGUUGUGUCGUGGAGUAAGAGUAACAACAGCUUCGUAGUCUGGAAUGUGCCGGAGUUUACUAGACAUAUUUUGCCUAAGUAUUUUAAGCAUAAUAAUUUCUCCAGCUUCGUCAGGCAGUUGAAUACUUAUGUUAGUAAAUUAUAAAUUUAGAAUUCUUUUUCAUAGCUGUUAAUCGUCAUAUACUUAUGAUUUAUGCUUUUGAUUGUGAUGUUCGUGUUUGCAGCAAUUUACUUAAACCCUAAAUAACAGACUUUUUUCAUUUGUUAGCUGGCUAGAAUUAUGCAGAUAUUAGUAAUGUAUGUAUUAGUUAUGCAGAUAUUAGUAAUGCUUGUGUUAGUCAAUGGCGGACCCAGGAUGCCCCUUCCAGUGGAGAACCUUAAGAUCAAUCUAAAUGCCAGUGCACUCAGCUUUUGUAUCUUUUAUAACUAUUUUUGUAGAUUUCCUAGGUAAUUAUACCUAUUCCGCGUCGAGUUUACUCGGUGCCGGAGCACCCCAAAAAACAAUGUAGGUCCGCCCCUGGUGUUAGUAUGCAGGUAUUAGUAAUGUUGGGGUAUUAGUUAUGCAGAUAUUAGUGAUGUAAGUUUUAAUUAUGCAAAUAUUAGUGAUGUAGGUAUUGCUUAUGCUGAUAUUAGUGAUGUAGGUAUUGCUUAUGCUGAUAUUAGUGAUGUUGGUAUUAGUUAUGCAAAUAUUAGUAAUGUAGCUAUUAAUUAUGCAUAUAUUAGUGAUGUAGGUAUUAGUUAUGCAGGGUACUUAGUUCAUUUUUACUUGUCACUCUUUAUCCCAUUUGACUCUUGUUUAAAUCGAAGCAGAAGCGUCUUAGGUAUUGAAGUUUCAGUUGACGGAUUGACGCUUUGUUUUGGAAGUAUUUUUCCUUCUCUUUAAUUUUUCUUGGUAGGGUCUCAUCAGGGAUACUGGGAACUGAUGAAUGGUACUUUAAUUUGAGAAACAGUUGCAUAGUUUAAACCGGACUUAUUCUCCAGGAAGUUUACGUUUAGGGUUGGUCUUGAAUUCAAUAUUUGGAAGAUAAAUGGUAAUUUCAGUGUUUGCUGUGUUCUGCAAAGCUGGGUUAGGGGCUUGUAAUGUUUUCUCAUGGGAUAACAGUAUUCCACAGUGAAGGUAUGUUCAAAAGUGUGCUAUCAGGUAAAAGGAUACUUUUACCCGUUGCUGUUUUUCCUCCACCAUCCAUUCUAUCCACCAUACAAUACCCCCCUGGUUUCACCGCCUACUGCGCCCUCCAUAGACAAAAGUUACUGUGCAAGAUAAAGGAGUGCUUUAUCUGGUCGACAUUUCUCGCUCUCCUGCUCAAUCCCAUCCUCCAUGGGUUACAAGAAGGUUGAUCCAGACAGCUGGGAAUUUGCAAAUGAGGGAUUUCUUAGAGGUCACAAGCACCUCUUGAAGACUAUAAGUAGGCGAAAACCCUCUCAAAUGCAGGUUCAUCAGGAGACUGCCUCCCAAGUGAAAAGUUUAUCUGUUGGAUCUUAUGAUGAAGUUGGGAAGAUUGGAAUUGAAGAAGAGGUGGAAAGGCUUAAAAAAGAUAAAAGUAUACAUAUGGAGGAGCUAGUCAAGUUGAGGCAGCAGCAGCAGGCAACAGACCACUGCUUGGAAAAUGUUGGGCAGCGUCUUCAGUUAAUGGAGCAAAGGGAACAGCAAACAAUGUCAUUCCUUGCUAAGGCUUUGCAGAGCCCUGGCUUUUUAGCUGAACUGUUUCAUCAACAGAAUGAAAGCAAAAGGUUCAUUACUGGGAUGAAUAAGAAGAGGAGAUUCCCCAGCCAGGAAGAAGAAAAUUAUGCAGGCAAGCAGGUCAGUCCUUUGCAUAACAGGCAGAUAGUCCGUUACCAGCCUUUAUUGAAUGAGGCAGCAAAAGCAUUGCUGCAGAAGCUCCUGAAAACUAAUACAUCUGGUUGGCUGGAAACCAAAGUUAAGAAUACACAUGGUUUCUUGACUAAUCGUUCUCGGUCUUUUGAAAAUACAUUAGAAACUGGUGGUAUAUCCCCUCAUAUUUCUGGGGUUACACUUCCGCAAUUGCCAACUUCUUCACCAUCUCAUCUGAUGUCAGAUUCAGGAUUUCCAUUCAACUCUACUUUAUCUGUCAUUCCAGAGAUCCAGUAUUCCCCUAGUCUGGUUCCUGGGGAGGCCAAAGUCCCUCAGUUCCCUGAAUUAAAUGCGCUCAACUCUCAGAUAGACCAUGUUAACCCUGAAUUUUUAGGACAUGGGAUCGACACACUGGAAACUCUUGAAAGAACUGACCUUAAGCGGUCGGAGACAGGGAAUAUGCCACACAUUGACACAAUGCAAGGUAUUGAAGAUGGUGUAACAUCCGUCCCUGAUGGAUUUUCUACGAAUAAUGUCAUUUCAGACGAGAUGCCUAAGCUUCCAGGCAUUAAUGACAUUUUCUGGGACCAGAUUCUUUUAGCAAGCCCUCUCAUUGGCUAUAAGGAUGAGAUUGGUUCUCUAGCAUUAGAAGAUGGUUUAGCUAAAGAAGAGGAUGUUCCAGGAGUUCAAGAGAGUGAUUGUGAUAAACUGAAGCGUAUAUGUCAUCUCACUUAACAGAUUGGGCUUCUCGCAUUAGGCACUCACAGUGAAUGGAUUUGUGAAUUUUAUUUGAAUCUGGAAAACAUCAGAGGUGAAUGCUCUGUAUUGGUGGACAGCAAUGCUUUUCUGGGGGACUGGUCUUCACUGCAGAUGAAGUUUUGAGUAGAAAGAUAUGUUAUCUGGUUAAUGCAUUUUGAUUCAAACACUUCCGAGUAUUUGUCUAUUCUACUUACUAUGUGGGGUCUGGAAAGGUUGCUAAAAGAUUGUCCCCGAUGGUAUAUAUAGUUCUUUUUAACAUCAUGGAAUGCCAAUUAGGAUUUGAUGCAGAUGUAAGUGAUGUAAGUAUAACUUUCAAGAAAAUGCGAUACUAUUAGUCUGCAAAGGUUACUUCAAGCAGAUUUCUUCCAUCA